CUUAUGCAUCCAGCCGCUUCACUAAUGUUCAUAGGUUAUACAGAGGGGUGGUUUGGUUAUAGACUCUUAUGCGCGUUCUUUCUUCGAACGUUUUGGUAUGUAUUGCCCUGCCCCCUAACUAUAGAUCAGAUCCACCAGACGAGAAACUCAAUUCCGCACUGCUGCUGAGUCGUCGGACUUAUCCCCCAAGGGAUUCGUGGAAUUUCUCGCUACCUUUUGGGUAUGCAGAUACUACGAGUCCUCUCACUACCAACCAGCAGACAUCAUCUGGCUGGGUCUUGCCGGCUACGGGGGGAUCGGAGCAAGAGGGAAGGCCUAGACGACGUUUUUCUUCCUGGGCUGCAGUAAGUAGAUCGAGAGGUCGUUCCGCCCCCUGUCCCCGAAGAUGGGUAAUAUGUUCUCAAAAAAUGUUGUUCCAAUCUGACCUAGCUGGCGAGCGAUCCCAGUUCGCGGCAGAGAACAAGACAGCAAGCGAGCGUACCUUUGUUCGCUUCUUCUCCACCAAGCACGAAAGUUUAAGGAUAACUGUAGGUCGGUGGCUACCUAAGGAAACUCCGAUUCGAUCCGCCCCCUGGCUGGGAGGCAUUUACCUCAUCCCGAUCACAAGGAGAGGUUCACCGGGGUACUUUUUUUUUCCUUUUCAGAUCAGAAAGAAUGAAAUGCAUAGGGGACAAAAUUCUUCUGAUGGUUGUUGCGGCAUGCUCCUCAGAUUUACGGAUUCGCAGGGGGCCUCCGGCCCUACUUAGUUGACUGACAAUGACAAAGGCUUUCGAAACUAAGUAGGUCCUUUUUGAAUUGAAUCUUAAGUAGUCUAUCAGUGGUGCGAAGCGGUUUUGCCCCUUUUCAGUAGGGGAGCGAAAGGUUAGACCUUCAAAAGUGAGCGAAGAGCGGUUCUUCUAUGUAGGUAUGGCCCUCCCCCUUGACUUUCCUAACGUCGAGCUAAGUGACUUCGUAACCUUUGCGUAGCGUAGUAGAAUGAAGGCGGAGCACCGACGCUCUCUUACCUAUUAGCCUAAGCGUCUUCGCUAACUCGCUCGCCUACUA